GCGCUGGCUGGAGAGUAAUGUUACAGAGCGGAGAGAGUGAGGAGGCUGCGUCUGGCUCCCGCUCUCACAGCCAUUGCAGUACAUUGAGCUCCAUAGAGACAGCGCCGGGGCAAGUGAGAGCCAGACGGGCACUGGGCGACUCUGUGCCUCGCUGAGGAAAAUAAUUAAACAUGGGCAAAGGAGAUCCUAAGAAGCCGAGAGGCAAAAUGUCAUCAUAUGCAUUCUUUGUGCAAACUUGCCGAGAGGAGCACAAGAAGAAGCACCCAGAUGCUUCAGUCAACUUCUCAGAGUUUUCUAAGAAGUGCUCAGAGAGGUGGAAGACCAUGUCUGCUAAAGAGAAAGGAAAGUUUGAAGACAUGGCAAAGGCGGACAAGGCCCGUUAUGAAAGAGAAAUGAAAACUUAUAUCCCCCCUAAAGGGGAAACAAAAAAGAAGUUCAAGGAUCCCAAUGCACCCAAGAGGCCUCCUUCGGCCUUUUUCUUGUUUUGUUCUGAGUAUCGCCCAAAAAUCAAGGGAGAACAUCCUGGCCUAUCCAUUGGUGAUGUUGCAAAGAAACUGGGAGAGAUGUGGAAUAACACCGCUGCAGAUGACAAGCAGCCUUAUGAGAAGAAGGCUGCGAAGCUGAAGGAAAAAUAUGAAAAGGAUAUUGCUGCAUACCGAGCUAAAGGAAAGCCUGACGCGGCAAAAAAGGGAGUCGUCAAGGCUGAAAAAAGCAAGAAAAAGAAGGAAGAGGAGGAGGACGAGGAAGAUGAAGAGGAUGAGGAAGAGGAGGAAGAUGAAGAAGAUGAAGAAGAAGAAGAAGAUGAUGAUGAUGAAUAAGUUGGUUCUAGCGCAGUUUUUUUUUCUUGUCUAUAAAGCAUUUAACCCCCCUGUACACAACUCACUCCUUUUAAAGAAAAAAAUUGAAAUGUAAGGCUGUGUAAGAUUUGUUUUUAAACUGUACAGUGUCUUUUUUUGUAUAGUUAACACACUACCGAAUGUGUCUUUAGAUAGCCCUGUCCCGGUGGUAUUUCCAAUAGCCACUAACCUUGCCUGGUACAGUAUGGGGGUUGUAAAUUGGCAUGGAAAUUUAAAGCAGGUUCUUGUUGGUGCACAGCACAAAUUAGUUAUAUAUGGGGAUGGUAGUUUUUUCAUCUUCAGUUGUCUCUGAUGCAGCUUAUACGAAAUAAUUGUUGUUCUGUUAACUGAAUACCACUCUGUAAUUGCAAAAAAAAAAAAAAGUUGCAGCUGUUUUGUUGACAUUCUGAAUGCUUCUAAGUAAAUACAAUUUUUUUUAUUA